CUCGUCCCUCCCUCCCUCUCGAUUGAUCCAGCCCAGACUGUGUUUUGCUGCAGUGAGCGGCAUCCGUGUGCGGAGAAGCGCGUGAAAACGGGCUCGCAAAAACCACAACAUACAACGAGGAGGAGGUAAAUAUCGUGAGCGCAGCAAAAAGAGUGGAGUAGGAGAAGAAGGCGCAAAAAAAGGGAGAGCGCAUCACGCACCAGGGAAAAACGGCAACAGCAGAGCCAAGUGGAGACGCUGGGAGGCGGACCGUAACGGUAACCUCCAUCAGGACCCCGCCCCUCGCCUCCUCCUUGGAACUCCCCCACGCCCUGCCAAUUGGGAUUCAACAAGCAGGAUAUCGGCGCCACCAAGCAUGGCUUUCCCAUCAACUCUGUUAUGGAUUGUCAGCGUAAUGACGCUACUCUCGACGGUUUGCAGCAACGUCGUCUUUGACGAGGACCCCCUGCAGCCCGUCACCUCGGACGAGACGGUUUCGGUGGGCGGAGCUGUCACACUGACCUGCCGGGUGGCCGAGAGCGACAACUCGUCACUGCAGUGGUCCAACACGGUGCAGCAGACGCUCUACUUUGGCGAGAAGAGAGCGCUGCGAGACAACCGCAUCCAGCUGCACCGCUCCACGCCCACCGAGCUGUCCAUCAUCAUCUCUGAGGUGCAGCUGUCCGACGAGGGCGAGUACACCUGCUCCAUCUUCACCAUGCCUGUGCGCACCGCGCGCGCCACCGUCACCGUGCUGGGCGUCCCCGAUAAGCCGCACAUCUCCGGCUUGGAGAAUCCCGUGCAAGAGGGCGGCACGCUCAUCCUGACCUGCACCAGCACGGGCAGCAAGCCCCCUGCCAGGCUACGAUGGUUCCGCGGCGACCUAGAGGUUCAAGGGCGGCCGGACGUGGUGGAGUCGGUCCCGGACGAGCCCACGUACAACGUGAGCAGCGAGCUGACGCUGGAGGUGAGCCGCGCCGACGACAACCAAGUGGUCACCUGCGCCGUGGACCACCCCUCGCUCACCCCUGGGGACAAGAGGAGCGACCAGGUGCUCCAGGUCUUGUAUUCCCCGAAUGUUGAGAUAGCGCCCGAGAGCGAUCUGCCUCGCGAGGGGGAGAAGUUUCAUCUCGAGUGUUUGGGCAAUAGCAACCCUGAGCCAUCGUCCUACAUUUGGGAGAAGAAGGACGGCGAGCUCCCCCCGCUGGCCAAAGCCGAGGGCAACUUGCUGCGCUUCGAGGCGCUCAACAAGUCAGACAACGGCGUGUACCUUUGCUUCGCCGACAACGGCAUUGGGAGCAGUGUGGGCGAGUAUGUGCUGUUGGUGCAAGAUCCCAGCGAGUCCACAAGCGCUCCCCCAACCCCCACAUUUUCCUCCCUGGUGACCGACGCCACUUCCUCACCCCCCGAGCUCUCCUCCACGGGGUCCCCGUCUGAAUCGCCGCCCACCACAAAUGUGGCUAGCGCCGCCACCACGGCGCUUUCCACUGACCUUUACCCCGACUUGAGCGACUCCUCGGCAACGCUUGCGCCUUCCUCCCCUUCCUCCACAAAUGUGGCUAGCGCCGCCACUACGGCGGUUUCCACUGACCUUUACCCCUUGAGCGACUCCUCGGCAACGCUUGCGCCUUCCUCACCUUCCUCCACAAAUGUGGCUAGCGCCGCCACUACCGUCCUUUCCAAUGACCUUUUCCCCGACUUGACUGACUCCUCGGCAACGCUUCUGCCUUCCUCCCUCACUCCCUCAGUUGUUUCCGACGAGCCGAACGGACGUGGCACCCCCACAGAUGGCGCUGAAAACAUCGCAGACCCUACGGCCAUGUCGACGUCAUCGAGCGUGGACCACGCGGUGAUCGGCGGCGUGGUGGCCGUCAUCGUUUUCAUCCUGCUGUGCCUCCUCAUCGUCUUCGGGAGAUACCUCAUCAGACACAAAGGAACGUAUUUGACCCACGAGGCCAAAGGCUCGGACGACGCCCCCGACGCCGACACGGCCAUCAUCAACGCCGAGGGCGGAAACUCCGGAGCCGAGGACAAGAAGGAGUACUUCAUCUAGGGAGGAAGAGGACAGGAAAAGAAAGGAGUGGAGGAAGGAAGGAAGGAAGGAAGGAAGGAAGGAAGGAAGGAAGGAAGGAAGGAAGGAAAGCAGAAGGCGCAGGAAAGAACAAUCUUCCAUUUUGUUUUCACCACUCUCAGUUGGUCGAGGGAGGGGCGAAGUUGGGGGUGAGGACUUUGUCUGCAUCGAUACAGGGACGUAAGAUUUGCACUGACACGCACGCACGCACGCGCACACACGACAACUCACUAACACCUUCUUGUUACGUUUCCAUGCUUUUCUAACUAACUCCAAAAUUGUAACUUACAUUCCUUCCCGAGUUGCUUCCGACAUGAACCCGGCCGGCCUGCACCCACUCCAAGGACAUCCUCCCCCAUCCUCCCCCAAAAAAUGGUACGAGCCGCUGCCAUGCACCAGCCCCGAGGCCUCUCCAUCUACACUACACACCUAUACAUAUAAAUAUAUAUAUAUAUACAUAUAUAUUAAAAUAUAAGCAUUCUUUUUACUGGGCGGAACCGUGUCGGGCAUGUGCGCCUGUAAAUAGAAAAGGGGGGGGACUUGUCGCUCUUGUCGCUCAUGCAUCUCACUUCCUCAAAUACUCUUAUUGCGUGCAGAGUAUCUGAAAAAAUACGAAAUAAAUGUCAUAAUACGAAAAGUACCAACAAUGGUGUUGCAAUGUAAACUAACUUCGACUGCAAAUAUUUGUAUCGGUUAUGUUUUUAUAUUGUUGUUUUUUAUUUGAUUUAUUUUUUAGUUGAACGAUAGAACUAACCAAAACCACUCAAACUAAUCCACAGAGUCCAAAGCUGCUCACGCAAAAGCAGACGGGCACGCCUCGUGUAACACAUUCCUUUCUUGACACUUUCGAACCGUGCACAAUACAAUAAAAAACCACGAGAAAUCAUUCAAAGAGUAAAAAACAAAAGUUCAUGAUAUGUUUGGCCACAACAUCGUUAUCAAUGGAUGCAAGCGCUCCUCCUGCUAGUUGAUCUUGCACCGUAGGAAUGGACUGAAAAAAUCCACCGACUUAGGCUGGACUGGACUUUUGGGCACCCCUGUUUUAGGCUCAUUGGUACAUUCCGGUUCCCGUAACGUAGUGUCACGUUGGCUGGGGAAAGCCAAGGUAAUCUUGCUAAGAGGCUGUUGGUGCUGCGCCAACGCAAAGUCACAAAGUCAGCCAACAACUUCCAUGUCCUCGUCUUCGCGCUCGUCCAUUUCUUUUCAUUCUUUAAUCACUCAGCCCGGGGCCGGGCCGGGCAGGGCUGCGUCCUGAUCCCUUUUGGCCCCUCCCAAUACUGCCCUCACCUUCCAUAUACGUGAUGUGCUGCUUUUGUGGUGGGCUGCCCUCCCUCCCUCCUCCCCGAAUUUAUAGCAUGUAUGAUUGUAUGCUUGGAGCGGAUGCAUUUGGUCUGGAAAAAUGAGUGUAAAAAUCUCCAUCAGGUGUUGCAUAGGAAGUCUUCACGGAGAGAGAAGCUGGUAUCGCUGCAAAGUGUCCUAAUACUUUUGUCCAGAAUCCACAUGUUCUUUCAUGUGGUGUCCCAAUUCUUUUGUCGUACUUCCUGUAGGUAUUUGGUGAAAAAAAUGGUCUCCGCUGCCCCAACCAAAAUCACAUUUCUCCCUUUCCACUUCCAGUAGGUGUUCUAAUACUUUGUAUGUUUACCAUUUUUUGUUCUGGAAUGUUCAGGGAAUCUUCUUUGUAAUCCAGUAAGCCCCGCUGCCAAUCAAAACCAGCUUAUUUUUGUGUGGUUUUUGUUCUCCGUAUGAACAUGGGCUGCUAAUUGAGAUGGAUGUUGAUGUUGAAUGCAACGCUUCCUCCCUGUGUUCUGUGUGAAAGACCCUGCCUGUCAAAGACGGCUUUUUUUUAUUGUGCAUUUGCUGUUCUCUGUACAAAACCGCUAAUUUCCUGUCCUUGGAGGGCAAUGUUACUGUGUGAAAUGUAUAUUGGGGGUAAAAUGGAUGUGUGAAAUCACACAGUUGCCCUGGACUUUCACACAAAACACAGCAAAGAUCCUCAUGUUUGCUGCUUUUGUGUGAUAUUGACCAAUAUACGCUGUUAAUUUCCCAAUUUACUGCAAAAACGGACUUAUUUUUUUUUAUCCCUUUGUUUGCUGUUUUCCGUAUGAAAGGUGACAACAGAAACUGCAAAUUCCCUAACUGCCUGUCGAUACUGUUUUGUUGUUGUUUAGCUGGUUUGUGUGUGAAAAGCACCCAAACGCAGCACUAAUUUUCCGUCAACACAUCAAUUACGUCUUUUCCCCCCCACUUGAUUGUAUGAAAGGUUCCCAGAGGGACUGCUGAUUUUUUUUCUCUAUUUGUUUUCUGCGACCGACUGAUUUGAUGUAAAAACCCCUCAUUCAUUUUUCAUUCCAUUUUCGUUCUGCCUGCAAUUUUGUCUCAUGGAAAGUCCUGCGUGAAAGGGGCUAGCGACCGUAUGGUAGUAUAGCUUGCGUCCUACCAUAUGCUCAGCUAACCGCUACAACAAAGGCAUAUAAAGUAAAAUGUCAGGCGAUUUGUAGCAAUUCUAGCGGAACCCAACACUUGUUUUGUUUUGUCCUCUGCUGCUGGCGUCUGCACACCAGAGGGGGCGCUGUUGUCAAACACCCGAGAUGAAACGCCAAGAAGAAGAAUUAGCUGCGUCGUGCUACCAAAAAGUGUUGUUUUGUAAAAACAUUUUUAAAAUAAUCUGCAAAAAACCCAGCGGACCUAUAUUUGCCUGUAAUCAGUCGUCCUGUCCUUCGUCUUAGCUAAUGUGCUAGCAUGUAGCUUGCAUGAGAACCAGUGAGGUGGUGUGUAGUGUAGUGCGCGCGGGACAAAAUGUCCGCCGUCCUCUGGUCUGCAGACGCUAUUCCAAAAUGUUUUUUUUAUUAUUAUUAUUAUUAUUAAAUUAUGUCAUCUCUUUUUCUUUUGUUUGAUUUAUUUUUUUAGAUGUUUAGAUGCUCCUAAAACUGUACUGUAGAUUUGUUUUUUUGUAUAUAGUAUUUCAUAUCACAACAUUUAUGUUAAUUGGUUGAAUGAUGAUGUCACCAAGCCGCAUGCUGUGGUUGGCUCCUAUGUUCAAAUUGUACUUAUUUUGAUUUUCUCCUUUAGUUAUUUUUUGUUUGUUUGUUUGUUUGUUAAAAAUACAGUUUUGGGUUGUUGACUACAAUAAAGAUGCAAUUGGGUUAAUU